AUGGCACAAACUGGACUUAGGAUUUUUCUACUCAUAAGCUUACUACUGCUGGAUCAGACCUUGAGCCAGGCUUCCAAAUUCAAAGCCAGGAAGCACAGCAAACGCAGAGUGAAAGAAAAAGAUGACCUGAAGACCCAGAUUGACAAACUGUGGCGAGAAGUAAAUGCUCUGAAGGAAAUACAAGCACUCCAGACAGUGUGUCUUCGUGGGACCAAGGCCCACAAGAAGUGCUACCUCAUGUCAGAAGGCACCAAACAUUUCCAUGAAGCCAAUGAAGACUGCAUAACCAAGGGGGGGACGUUGGCUAUCCCCAGGAAUAACGAGGAAACAAACAUCCUUCGAGAUUACGGCAGGAAAAGCGUGCCCAGCGCGUCCGAGUUCUGGCUGGGUGUCACUGACAUGGUGCAUGAAGGGAGGUUUGUUGAUGUCAAUGGCAUGGCUCUGCACUACUUCAACUGGGACCGUGCCCAGCCCAACGGGGGCAAGAGGGAGAACUGUGUCUUUUUGUCUCAGUCAUCCCAAGGCAAGUGGGGGGAUGAAGUCUGCCGCACUGCCAAGAGAUACGUUUGUGAAUUCCUGAUCCCAUAAUUACAUCCACAAAGGACCACGGCCAUGUUUUGGGUUAUCAACACACA